UAAUCCAAGAUUAUAUAAUAUAAGAAACACUCAUAGGCAUCAUGUCAAACAAUGUUGCUGAGAAGAACAAUUCGUUCGAGGAUUAUUAUAACAUCGACAAUUUCAAUGAUAGCGAAUUGCAGGCUCGACUAUAUGCAGAAAUCUAUUACGAAUCGAAUAUUGAGGGUGAAUCAGGAACCACAGAUAGCUCAAGGACAAUCAAAUUCGAUAACAUGGCCACUGAGACGAAUGUUGAAUCAAAAAGGAUACAACACGAAUCAGAAGAACAAUCUUUGGAACAACCUUCGACAUCUAAGAUAACUGGAGAUUCUCAGAAGAUACCCUCUAUGCAUCAGUCAGAAUUUGCUCAAGUUGAGACUGUGUUGAGUAGAGAAACGAAUUCUGCACAUGGCAAUAAAAAUUCAGAAAAUCCUUUAGUCGUACAAGGAAAAGAGAAGAAAGAAAAUUCUGCCAAGAAACAUAAAUCUUCCAAACAUGCAAAAACUACACGUAAAGAAAGCUCGGAGAACGAUAAUAAUGAUACAAUAUAUUCAAAAUAUAACGUUGUUUCAAAAUGCGUAAAACAAAAGGUACAUUUGCUUUUAGCUGAACAAAUGAAUAAAGAUGAAGACAGUUCUGACUCUGAAAAAUCCAUAUUUGAAGUACCUGUUCCACCGAAACCAGAGCCACCACUUAUAGACUUGCAAGAUUCUGAUGAAGAAAAUGGUUCAAAUUCUAGGAUAGAUGAUGUUUUGAUUUUGAGAAACUGGAACAAUGUUUCAUUAAAGACAUAUUCAAGAGGGCCUCCAUUUAGAAAUCGCGAAUUAGAAAUUCCACGAAGUAAUCCUCAAGACACAUCCUCCAAAAGUAAGAAUACUACUAGAUCAUAUAAUAAGGAUACUGUAAAUUCUGGUAAAAGUAUCCAAACAUCAACAAGUGCACAAGAUGUUGUGGAAGAUAUUGUGUUGAAUUGCACAACAAUUCAAAGAGGUGCUAAAAACUUAAGUGAAAUUAAACAGUUAUCCAAAGGCGCAGAGAUAAAACAACAAAGUAAAUCGACAGAAAAUAUGAGUCAAAACUUUAAAAAAACUUUAUCGUCAAAAGGAAAUAACAAAAAUGUUAAUCUUCAGCAAGAAACAUCUGUGACAUCAGGAAAAAAAUUGCAACCAAUGCAACGAAAUAUUGACAAAGGUAAUAAUGUAUAUUUUACGCAUAUAGAGCGAAACAAAAACUCAGCAACAGAGCCAUGCAAUCCAGUAAUUGACCGAAAGAGACGAUACAACAACGAGAUUGAUGAUCAAUCUAAACAGAAACGACAAUGCACCAGUCAGCAAAAUAAUCAAAGUGUUAUAUCGCAAUACAACAGUACUGGAGAGAAAAAAAACAUAUCGAAUGAGUUUUUCGAGUCAAUGUCGGAAGAAAUGAAAAACUAUUAUAAUUCGAGUCGCGGUCAAGAAAACUUCGAUAUGAGAGAGUUGCAGCAAGGCAUGUCGAAGGAUCCACGAAUGUGGACAAUCCUGGAUGAAGAUUUAAUGCCAUGUCCCCCCAGUAGACGUGUUAGAUUCUGGAAUGUCAAAUGCACUAACUGCAACCAGGAUGGCCAUCGGCGAUACGAUUGUCCAACACCACAUAGACCACCAUCUUGUUACAUGUGUGGCAUAAAGGGCCAUGUGGAGUUUCGAUGCCCACAGAAGAUGUGUCUAACAUGUGGUAAGCCGCAGAACACAUUUCGUAACACUUGUGAAUAUUGUCGCAUUCUUUACUGUACUAUGUGUGAUUCGGUAGGACACGAGCAAAAUCAAUGUCCCGAUCUUUGGCGACGGUAUCAUCAGACGACCGACAUGAGUAGCAAGCCGCAGGAUCCGGGCAAUGUGAUAAAGCCAUCGAGAUUGCUAUAUUGCUGUAAUUGUACUAAGCGUGGCCACGAAUCGUCUACAUGCAGAGAAUAUCGAUGGUCUGAGAAUUUUCCUACUCCAGCUGCCGUCACAAAUUAUACAGAUGGGCCCAUAUAUCAUCCAUCAAGUCUUCAUGCGUCAAGUUAUCCUGGACCUGAUUCUGAGCUUGAUUUUUCGUUGUCUGAAACGACGGAAAACGAAACGUCGAUUCCACAAAAUACUAUUGAUACACAACAAACAAUUACUACUGAAGAUGUGGAAUCUUCUGUAAAUCAAGACACACAUUUGUCAAAUAUUGAUUUCUAUAUUUCACCAAUUUCACAAGAAAUUGAGCAUAUCUCGCCAACGAAAGAUGACUUAAAAUCUUCUUUUAUUUGGCCCACAGUAAAAACAAAUUUCAAAUCAACUAAAGUGAAUUAUAUAACAUUUUCUAAGCUCGUAUGUUCUUAUGGUAUUUUUCCCAAUAAAGAUGACAAGGAUGCGCGGAUGGUCUUGACUACUCUUAAUACAUUCUUGUCAUGUGUAGAUAACAAUUUUACUAUGAUAAAGAAUUUAAUAGAGCAUCGGACUGCUCCAAAUUUUUUGGCAAUAUUGACGGCGAAAGCAAAGAUAGAAUUUGAAGUGAAUAUAGGCUUUAUCUAUCACAAAACUCUAUCAUUACAAUUAAUAGCAAUGAAAGAUUACAUAGAGUCUUUGUAUGAUUUGUUGAAAUAUUGGCUCAAUCUCCCAGAGGAUGAAAAAGAUUAUGGGAUAGACGUGAAUUUACCUGUAAUUUCUAUAAAGAUGUUUAACGUGCUGCAAUCAAGAGAAGCACAAUUGGAAAAAAUGCGCUUCAAAUGUUAUAUCGACCUUGUAGGAGGACAGGAUGAUCCGCGAUUGAUUUAUGCAUCUGUGACCUCCGAAAAAAUCAAAGUGAAAGUUCACAAACGAUAUAAGAACAAGCGGUAUAACGAAGCCAGAUUAAGAGAUAGUAUAAGUGCGAAAGCGUAUAUUCGCUUACGUCGAAACUUAUUUCGUUUGCAAACUAAACUUCUUAUGAUUACUAAUACCGAGCCUGAACCGAAUGUUUACGUACGUACAUUUCAAGACAUAAUGAGAAGAUUCAGAUUAGGACAUUAUCAAACGAAUGAAAAACUGGACACUGCAACUUAUCUUAGAUUUAAUCUGCUUUAUAAUCAGCUGUUUGUACCUCACACAUCCCAGAAUGUACACGAGUUGUUACAACGUAUGGAGUUGGAAGAAAAAAAGUUGAAGAAUUCGCUGCAGCCAGAGUCAGAAAUACGCCACGUACUAGAGAAGCAACAAGAGUCAGAAAUACAUCAUAUACCAGCAAACCAAGAAAACUCCGUAUGUACCUCUACUGUAUAUACCUCAUCCGCGACACCUUACACCUCGCCGAAUAUCAAUUCCGAAUAUUCCUCCGUAAUUAAUAAUCAACGAAAUAACGAAAUAUUAAAUAACGAACCAAGUGUGAACAAUACUUCGCUUGAGACAAGCAAACUAACCAAUUACAAUGAGAUAACAAUAACAAUAAAAAAUUCUCUAGCGCAAGAUUCUGAGAUUAUGCCAUCAAAUACUGCACCCAUGUCGCCGGUUAAAUCAAAAAAAUCUGAACCAAACAAAGAUUUCAUUCAGUUAUCAACAAGCGAAGUGAAGGUUGACUCCAAUAUAUCAAAAAAUAAACAGAAUGUAAAUGUAAAUAAUACACAAUUAUCGAAAAAGGAGAAGCUAAAAAGAUUGAAAGAAGAAAAAAGAUUAAGUGAUCUUAAAUUGAAUGAAAUGUUAAAAAACCAAAAUAUAUAUGAUAUCGCGUUAAAUCUUAUAAAAACGGCUCGUGGUUUUAAAUUACCAUAUAUGAAGAACGUAGCAGAUGAAACGCAAAGAAAAGUUGACAAGCGGACAAUUAAAGUUAAGCAUCUGCGGUCGUUGAGUAAAUUGAUUCGUUUCGAAAAGAAUCAUCAAAAGACCGUUUCUAAUUUUUGCAAUUUUUUAAAGAAGAAAUAGUUUGUAAAAAUUAAUUACGCGCUUGUUCAGUGAUACGAUGGUAUCAUCGUCUGACAUGCAUCCGUAUAAUAUACGAAAUUGUUCAGAAGAUAAUGGGCGCUUUCCAAUUGUAAAAUCACUAUAGACACGCAGUGAUAGUCAUGUUUCAAGUGUGGUAAUCAUCCAUACUAUACAUUCGUACUAGUAGCCCAAAAGCUACUAAUCACAACUAUAAAUGAGCUUAGAGGACAUUCGAUGGCCAGCAUUUGUGCUUUUUUAAUUCAAUACAGUUGAAAAAAGUUACAUUUAAUUUUAACUAUCCGAAACUGUACACAGCAUACAAAUUCUGUAUCCAUUGAAUCGUGCACAAUGCUUUGUGCAUUUCUGAGCACAUUUAUGUCAAGAUAUAUUAAACAAUUGGAAA